CUUCUCUCGCAUUCGUCCUCUCUCCUCCCACACACCACCUCGCACGUCGAGGUCGACCUGGAUCGCAUGGAUUGAGACGAGGUCGACAUUAUCAGAGAUCGGAUCUCUCCUUCUCCAGUUCCAGGGGACACCUCUUCAAGAAAACCUUCGACUCAACCACCAAGAUGCAGAUCUUCGUCAAGACCCUUACGGGCAAGACCAUCACCCUCGAGGUGGAGUCUUCCGACACCAUCGACAACGUCAAGUCGAAGAUCCAGGACAAGGAGGGAAUCCCCCCUGAUCAGCAGCGACUCAUCUUCGCCGGAAAGCAGCUCGAAGAUGGCCGAACCCUGAGCGACUACAACAUCCAGAAGGAGUCGACCUUGCACUUGGUUCUCCGUCUGCGUGGUGGAAUCAUCGAGCCUUCGUUGAAGGUCUUGGCCAACAAGUACAACUGUGACAAGCAGAUCUGCCGUGUCUGUUACGCCCGUCUCCCCCCCAGGGCCACCAACUGCAGGAAGAGGAAGUGCGGACACUCGUCCCAGCUCCGACCCAAGAAGAAGCUCAAGUAGUCUACUCGCCUAUUUUAUGUCCUUCCUUGUACCGUCCGGCGAGCUCUCCGCUUUGUCCACCCCGCGAAGAGGAGCUGUACGUUGCAGGCGGGGGGUUCAAGAUUGAGCGGGAACGAUUGCGAUUGGGAUCUUUUUGUGCUAUGAAUUAUCGGAUACGAUUUAUAGCGUCUCUAAGAUUGCUUCUUGUUGAG